UGUUGGCAAAACACCCCCUCCUCAUCGAGUAGGGGGGAAAAAUGGCGGACACGCGCUAAAAUCCACAUCAGAAACAAACACACACGUUACUAAGCAAGGUAAAACGCCUCCUUUUAGGCUAGUCUUCAGUGUUGAGCCCACAUUACCAUUAGCUAGCCUCACUGUGCUAAUACGCUCCUGCUUUGCUAAUGCUAAUAAUUAUAAUCAGGUCAGACGAGCUAGCGAGCAACCUAGCAUGCUAAGCUAGCAUCCUUUGCAGUGGGCAUGUCUGUUGUGUAGCUGUCCGUAGCAUAGCAUGCUGGGUGAGCUGUCUGCAUGGCUGCGCUGGCUCCGUGCAUGCUUGAUAUCCAUUCAUGACUGUUUCCGUUUGUGUUACUGCUCUUGAAGUGUCAGUCACUGUAGUGUUACCUCCUGGAUUUGCGAUGCUGUCACGCAAAUGAGCAUGUAGCGCGCAUGCAAAUGUAGCUCAGGAGAGGGCGGGGGGUCCCAUGUGUUGGCUUUGUGUUUUGAAUGGAGCUCAGCGUAUUUCCUCAACGUGAGACGUGAUUGUUUGGAUGUCAGUGGACAUAAUGUUCCGUGCAAGUAUCAGACAAGAAGUGGUGCUAGGAUGAGGUUAGGGUUUUAACACUCACCGGGCUAUCAACAGGAGGAGGGUGUAGUACGUGCUGAGCUGUCCUGCCACUGUCGGGAAAACAGGGAGCGGGGCCGCUUUAAUUUGGACGCCAUCCCCCUUGGCGGAGGAAAAAGGCGCACUUCUGUUGAAAGGGAAAUCAUCAGGAGUGGAGAGACGCUGCUAAUCGGUUAUGAAGUUUUAAGAGUGGGGUCCGCUGUUGUGUCGUGAGCUCGGUCAGUAUUGGUGGAGCAUGAGGAAACCCGUGCCACAGAAAGCUAUAGAGUGGAAAGAUGCCAGACGGAUCAAGCAAGCUCGGAGUGGACGGCCCUCGCGGGCGCCCUCACAGUUUCAAGGACAUUUCAGUUGGGAGAAAUACCUUAAAGAGACGGGUGCCAUGGCUGCGCCUGUUUCUUGUUUUAGACAGAGCCUCACACCGCCACUUAAUGAGUUCAAAGCGGGGAUGAAGCUGGAGGCCCAGGACCCGAGGAACACCACGUCCACCUGCAUCGCCACAGUGGUGGGCCUGACAGGCUCUCGUCUACGGCUGCGCUUGGACGGCUCAGACAAUAAGAACGACUUCUGGCGCCUGGUGGACUCCUCAGAGAUUCAGCCGAUAGGCAGCUGUGAAAAGAGCGGGGGCAUGCUCCAGCCACCGCUUGGUUUCCGUCUCAAUGCAUCCUCCUGGCCCAUGUUUCUUCUUAAAACACUAAAUGGAGCCGAGAUGGCGCCUGCCCGCAUCUUUCACAAGGAGCCUCCCACUCCAGAGCAGAACUCCUUCCAGGUGGGCAUGAAGCUGGAGGCGGUGGACCGUAAAAAUCCCCACUUUAUUUGCCCGGCUACAGUGGGCGCCCUGCGUGGUGUCGAGGUGCUGGUCACCUUCGAUGGCUGGAGGGGAGCCUUUGAUUACUACUGCCGCUAUGACUCACGGGACAUCUUCCCUGUGGGCUGGUGCACACUUACUGGAGAUAACCUUCAGCCACCUGGAACCAAAGCUGUGUUGUCCAAGAGCCUCAGGGCCCUGACGGACGGGAGUGUGGAGAGCCCAGCCAUGCACCCCACCCCAACGGUGGGCAGACCUCCCGGCCAGAGAGGACGCAAGCCAGGCCGCAGGAAAACAAAGAUGACGGGGCUGUGGGGCCAGAAGGGCCCAGCACUGGGACCACAGAGUAUUCAGGCGGGUAAAGGCCUGGAGCCCAUCAAGCUCCCAAAGAAACGAGGACCCAAGCCUGGCAGCAAGUUGGGCUGGGUGAAGAGAGCAGGUUGGCUUGAAGAUGCCAUGGCAGGCCCAGGACGGCCGAUGACAGGACCCGGGCGAACCAGAGGAAAACUGCCUGCCAACUGGGCACCGAGAAUAGCUCUGCAGCAGGCCCAGACUCAGGCUGAACUGAUCAAGAUCCCAAAGAAAAGAGGGCCAAAGCCAGGCAGCAAGAGGAAACCACGUGUGGUACCUAAUCCAGUCCCCACAUCUCCCACCAGCAGCACCCCAGAGCCCGACACCAGCACUGUGCCUCUGGACAACGCCACCAUCCCCAACUCUGCACUACAGGCUCCCACAGUUUGCGUCUACCUAAAUAAAUACGGCAAAGUGGGACCCCAUUUGGACCAGCGACAUAUCCAGCAGCUCCCAGACCACUUCGGACCAGGCCGGGCCUCUUCCGUACUUCAGCAGUGUGUUCAGGCCUGUGUUGACUCGGCACACAAUCAGGCCACAGUCUUCUCCUGCCUCAAGGCUGGACAAGGAGGUGAAGUCAUUUCAGCCUACUUUGAGCAGCAGCAGCACACCCUUACCCUGCCCACAGUCAGCAGUGUCACCUAUGUGCUCCGCUUCCUGGAGAAACUCUGCCACAACCUUCACUGCGAUCCUCUGUUUGGCAGCCAGCCUGUAGCCAGAGGAGGCCUGCACUACGACAGUCGCACUUACCCUGCAGAAAGGAAAACUUUUGGAGAAAGUCUGAUGACAGGUCCAGGUCGAGGCACAAAGCGGUUCCAUCAGGACUACAAAAGUCCCCUGCCUCAGAAACUUGCCAAAAUCUCCCGACACUCCAUUGAUGAUUCCUUCAGAGAGAACAGUGUCGUUGUAUCAGAGCACUUAAAGAAGAGCCCUCUGUCUCCAAACUCUACGGUACAACAUCCUGGCCUAAAGUCUCCCUCCAAGCUUCUGCAUCAACACAGCCUGACAGGCUCAGGCAGUUUCCGUGAGAGCUCAAGGCCCAGCGGUCAAGACCCCAAUAUGUGGACUGUGGAGGAUGUUAUGCAAUAUAUCAGAGAUAUUGAUCCAGUGCUGGCCCCACAUGCUGACCUUUUUAGAAAACAUGAGAUUGAUGGCAAAGCACUCCUGUUGCUGCGGAGCGACAUGAUGAUGAAAUACAUGGGCUUAAAGUUGGGGCCGGCCCUAAAACUCACCUUCCACAUUGAUAAGCUCAAACGUACUUGAGGAUGCCAGCCGACAAGCCUUCCAAAGGACUAAACCAUCCCCCUUUUCUAGGAUCAGUAUAUCAUGCACUGCAUAUCGGACGUAUUCUGACCAUUUACAUGUAGCAGCUUCUAUCAGAGCACCAUAUCUGGUAUAACAUACUCUCUCCUCACCUCAUGCAAUGAGGAAUGUUUAUUUUGUGUAGCACAAUCCAGCCCAGAGGCAGCAUGGGAUACGUAGGAUAACCCACUUAUCCGUCAUCAGUUUUGCAUUUCAGUAUAACUUGAAGAGUCGUUUGGCCAUUUCAACUGUAAAAGGCUUUUUUGGCCUGCUUUUAUCGUGUCACAUUUAUUCUAAACAUUUCAUAUUUUGUACUUACAGUAUAUGUAUGGACUCGUAUUUUUGCUCUUUUGAACAUUUAUGUGGGAUAAGUUAAUGGAAAGAAACCUUUAAGGAUGAAAAGAAAACACUACAUUCGUCCCAGUAGCUGGGAAUGUAUCCUCUUAAUGUCUCUGUUUGAGGCAAAAUGUUGCAAUUAUGGUAGAAGACUUGUUUUAAUAAAGGAAAAAACUACUUUAUCCUUGAAAUACUGCCAUGAGAAAAUGAGCGUCUUUUCUCUUGUUAUGGAUGUUGUUUACAAUGCUUUGUCUGGUUUAUGUUAUUUGUACUUUUUUAAUUUUUAUACUAUAUUAUGAUAGUUCCUACAUGGAGAGCCCUAUCAUACUUAACAUUGUUCAAUAAAUAUAUAAUAAUGCAA